AUGCGACGCUGUAAUCUUCGACAUCAUGCUGCCGUUGUACACUCGGGCAUUGAAAGAUAUGCAUGCCCCUGUGGUUAUGCAACUGUGCAUCGAAACACAAUCAUUCGGCAUAUGUUGAAGCAUGCAGCGAUCGAUGGAGAGAAACACUAUGAAUUUACUGACUUACUAACCCCGGCCGAAGCGGAACGAACUGAAAAACUGACUGAAGAAUGUUUCCGAGCAUACAAAACAAUUCCGCGUCAUAAUGAGAAACAGAACGAUGAUUUGACAAGAACUCUGGAAUGCCUAGUUAGUGGCGCCACUAAUGCUGUGCAACCGGAAUAA